CGUCACGUGACAGCGUCUGUGGGCCUCGCGUCGGGGUAAAGCCGAUCCGGUUGGAUUGCAGGGAAAAGAGAGCGGUGGGGCAAGAUGGCGGCGCACCUGUCCUACGGGCGAGUGAACCUGAACGUGCUGCGCGAGGCGGUGCGUCGCGAGCUGCGCGAGUUCCUGGACAAGUGCGCGGGAAGCAAGGCAAUAGUUUGGGAUGAGUACCUCACAGGACCAUUUGGCCUGAUUGCACAGUAUUCACUACUGAAGGAACAUGAAGUGGAAAAAAUGUUCACGCUUAAAGGAAGUCGUUUGCCAGCAGCUGAUGUCAAGAAUAUUAUUUUUGUUGUCAGACCCAGGCUAGAAUUGAUGGAUAUAAUCGCUGAAAAUGUGCUCAGUGAAGACAGACGUGGCCCAGCAAGAGAUUUCCACAUUUUGUUUGUGCCGCGACGUAGCUUAUUGUGCGAACAGCGGUUGAAGGAUCUGGGUGUUUUGGGAUCCUUUAUUCAUAGGGAGGAGUACAGCCUAGACCUCAUUCCAUUUGAUGGGGAUCUCUUAUCCAUGGAAUCAGAGGGUGCUUUCAAAGAGUGCUACCUGGAGAGCGACCAGACCAGCCUGUACCACGCAGCCAAGGGGCUCAUGACCCUGCAAGCUCUGUACGGGACGAUACCCCAGAUCUUUGGGAAAGGAGAGUGUGCCCGGCAAGUGGCCAAUAUGAUGAUCAGGAUGAAGAGAGAGUUUACAGGGAGCCAGAACUCAAUAUUCCCUGUUUUUGAUAAUCUCUUGUUGCUCGAUCGGAAUGUGGAUUUGUUAACGCCUCUUGCCACUCAGCUUACGUAUGAAGGACUCAUUGAUGAAAUUUAUGGCAUUCAGAACAGUUACGUGAAAUUACCUCCGGAGAAAUUUGCACCUAAGAAACAGGGCGAUGGUGGUAAGGACCUUCCCACGGAAGCAAAGAAGCUUCAGCUGAAUUCUGCGGAGGAGCUGUAUGCUGAGAUACGAGAUAAAAACUUCAAUGCAGUGGGCUCCGUGCUUAGCAAGAAAGCAAAGGUGAUCUCUGCAGCAUUUGAGGAGAGGCACAACGCCAAGACCGUUGGGGAGAUCAAGCAGUUUGUUUCGCAACUGCCCCACAUGCAGGCAGCAAGGGGCUCCCUCGCAAACCACACCUCGAUUGCAGAGCUAAUCAAAGAUGUAACUACUUCUGAAGACUUCUUUGAUAAAUUAACAGUGGAGCAGGAGUUUAUGUCUGGAAUAGAUACUGAUAAGGUCAACAGUUACAUUGAGGAUUGUAUUGCCCAAAAGCAUCCGCUGAUCAAGGUGUUAAGACUAGUUUGCCUCCAAUCCGUGUGCAAUAGUGGACUCAAACAAAAAGUUUUGGAUUAUUACAAAAGAGAAAUCCUGCAGACAUACGGCUAUGAGCACAUAUUGACCUUAUACAACCUAGAGAAGGCUGGCCUGCUGAAACCACAGACAGGGGGCAGAAAUACUUACCCAACCGUCCGGAAAACGUUACGCCUCUGGAUGGAUGAUGUAAACGAGCAAAAUCCCACGGACAUAUCGUAUGUGUACAGUGGUUAUGCCCCUCUCAGUGUGCGCCUGGCCCAGCUGCUUUCCCGGCCCGGCUGGCGGAGUAUUGAGGAAGUUCUGCGCAUCCUCCCAGGGCCCCACUUUGAGGAACGGCAGCCGUUGCCCACAGGGCUACAAAAGAAACGUCAACCGGGAGAAAACCGCGUCACUCUGAUAUUUUUCCUCGGGGGUGUAACCUUUGCUGAAAUUGCUGCCCUGCGAUUUCUUUCCCAGCUGGAAGAUGGAGGUACAGAAUAUGUCAUCGCCACCACUAAGCUAAUAAACGGGGCCAGCUGGAUAGAGUUGCUAAUGGAAAAACCUUUCUAGGGCGUUCAAAGGAGACUUACCGGUGAACUGCAGAAUAAAUGGCUCCUUUGAAGAAGUUGCUGGAAGGAAGUACAACCCCAUGGAGGAAUAAUAUGAGAAUACAGAAUUUACUUUGGGGUCAGCUUCUUAAGUUAUGCUGUUUUCUCCUUUCUGCUUGUCUUUUGUGUUCCUAAUUUCUUAAAGAAAGAAGAAUGGAAGAGAAUCAGCCAGGGUAAAAGACAUAACAGUUUUUAAUGUUCUGAGCUCAGGAUCUUCAUUGGAGACCUCUGGAAAUAUAUUAAGGAUGGCGGGAUGGAUAAUCUAUACAGCCACACAGAUGGGUCCAGUUCUUAAGAAAGCAGGGACCAAGCAGGUAAAAAUGAAAAUAAAAGUGGAAGGUCUGACCCCUAAUAAAUAGUGCUGAAUUUCUUAAAGGUGCAUCAUGCCUAGGGCAGUGGCCGAGUGUUGGGGGCCUAGGGCUAGUAUUAUCACUGAGUUGAGAUUUCUUUUUCCUGCAGAACAUGGCACGUUACAUUCAAUGUCACCAGUCUCUACCUUAUCCGGUCAGUAAGGCAAGUUGUGUUCCUUCUGUUUUUGAUUCCUCUGCUUCUAAAAAGCAAAAGGUUUGGAAGAGCUUCUUUCCCCAGAACAGCUUUAUGAUCUGCCUGAUCAACUAAGUCAACUAAGUCAGUAUGGGUCCCAUACUUAUCAAGGGCUUUUUACAUUGAGUAACAUAAUAAUUAGGGAGCAGCUUCCUGAGAAUGUAACCAUUCAAAGACGCAUUCUUAGUGCACGUGUUAUUAACUCUAAGACAAUUUCAAUGGUAGAUGCCUCCAAUUUUCUUCCCUGCCCACCGUGGGCUGCACCAUCCAUCCAGUCCCACUGUGAGCGGUGGCAGCUUGGCUUCUCCAGCAUCUGGCAGCUCCCCCUCCCUGGUAAGUGCCACACGUGCUUUCCCAGCAGCCUGCAGACACACCUAUUCGGCCUCAGGCAUUUAUUUUGCUAGAAAACACCCAGCCCCGUUUCAGUCCGUGGUCCGGUGACUUCAUCCCCAUCUGGUGCAGCUUGUCAAUGAUCUUGGAGUCCAGCUGCUACCCUUCCUACAGGAGACUGCUAGACUGCAGGACAGAGGAGCUUGGGUGCUGGUGGCGAAGUUGGAAAUCUUCCUCCUGCUCUAUCCCAGCGUCUGGAGGAGUUAAGGCCAAGAAGGGGACCAAAUUGACGGUUUCACAGCCUUGCCUGAGUCUCCAGCCAAAUUAGCUGAUCCCCGUCUUUGCUGGGGGCCAAAGUCAGUGUCCUUCCCCAGCUGUCAUUUCUACUGUUAAUUAGUACCCGUACAUGUUUUCCUCACUUUCUUUCGCUAGUGGACGUCUCUUAGCACACUGCAUGUUAUGAGUGAAGGAGAAAUUCUGUACUUUUAAAAAAUCUCCUUAAUGUAAGAAUGAGGGGUAGAAGAAGGAAUAUUUAAAAGAUUAGCUACUCGAGGAUUUAACUUGGCUUUGACAUUCAGUAUUUGGAAAGGUCUUAAAAUGAUUCCUGUUUUAGGAAUCCUUUUUCAGCUACUUGUUAUCCCAGGGAGAUUAGUUUAUACCUUCCAGCCCCAGCGGUUGUGAGUCUCAGCUGCUUUAGAGAAUGAAAUCCACCUUGCUGUAAGUGUUUUCGGCUCAUGGGAUUCAAUUUAAGUCCAGUCAAGUUUCCUUGGCUGGGGCUUUGUCCUGUGAACAGGUACUCAGUUGUGUCUCGUGUGUCUGCAUUCACUGGUGACUCUAUACUUGCUUGCUCCGAGCAUAGUUAGGUCAGCUCCUAAAAAUGCAUUCAGCAGAAGACUUCAAAACAUCAAUUGCUUCAUUUGUAUGCAAAUAGAAAGUGGUGGAUAAUUAUAUAUUACACGCCUUUGUGUAAGUUCAUUUAAUACUUGAAGCAGCCUUUGUCUCCAAGGAGUGUGCCCUUACUGAGAAAAAGGGUAUGUGAAUGGUACGUUUAUUCUUGGGAGGGUGGAUUGUUCACAUCAUGUCUGGACUUUUGUCUAGCUGGGUAGACGGUUCUACACCAGCAGUCCCACCAAAAAGAAGUCUACGUAGACAAAGAAGUCUACAUAGACACUAUUUUGUGUCAUACUGUACACUUUUGAAUUUUAGCCAACAGAGAAAUAAGUAUUUGAACUGUAGCUUAACGGUGGAGCAAGAGACUAAUGGUUAAAAGAAGGAGGAUUAAAAACAGCACAUUUAAUUCUUGAAGAGAACUGGGAAGGGGGGAUCUCCAUGCGAUAGGCUACUGCAGCUCUGCCCUCACGGCAAGGAUUAUGAUUAAUCCGGCAUGGAGUCUGUCUCUUGUUCUCAGUUGUAUGUUAAAGACUGGCCUGUCACCAGGAGGCAGUGUUUGUAUUCAGCAGAGCUGAACUCAAGAAGAAAUACUUCUUUAAGAAAAACAACACCAGAACAAACAGAGUAUCUAAAGCAGCCAGGAAGAGGGGCUGUAAUCAAGAUGGCAAGGCAGAGAAAUACCGACAUCACAUAGACUAUGAAUUAUGAACAGACUGUGAAUUAUACUCUAGAGCCUGGUGUAUUAUAUUCAAUCAUAUGGUUUAACGAUGACAUACUGUAGAAAAUAGAGGAUGCCGUUUUGUCAUCCAACAGUCAAAGGCAGUAAUGUAAAAUUUCUCAGAUUCUCUUCGAAAUGAAUGCAUAUGAACUUCAAGCUACAUGAUGUUUCUCAGCUCCAGUUACUCCGUUGCCAUAAAAUACCCCCAAACUGGGUGGUGACUAGAGUCUGCAAAGGCUGGAACACAUAACUGACUUGAGAUAUCCAUUUGAAGGUUGUGAGAGUUAAAGGGGAACAGAAUCAGGCCUAUUUUUAAUAGCCUUUUUCAUGUUACUUUGGUGUGGGAUGAGGGUAUAAAUCUCAGCUGUACUUUCUUUCCUGUGACUGGGCAGGACACAGAGCCCUCCAGAUGACCAGCUCUCUGGGGUUGCAAUUACUACUCACUGGCUUCCUGCGCAGCUUGAUAAUGUUCUGCUCCUGUUUCAGCCCGGCUGCGGCGGGGCAAUGAUUUGAUAAUAAGAGAUCCUGAUCAAAUUAGAGAGCCAUUUGCUUCUGGACGAGGAUGUUAAUAAAAGGGUUGAUGUCCA